AUGGCAGAGAGUCGAUCAGAGGAAGUGAAACUGUUAGGGAUGUGGGUGAGUCCUUUUAGCCGUCGGAUCGAGAUAGCUCUCACUCUCAAAGGUGUUCCUUACGAGUUCUCAGAGCAAGAUAUCACCAACAAGUCCUCUUUGCUGCUUCAGUUAAACCCGGUUCACAAGAUGAUUCCGGUUCUUGUCCAUAAUGGUAAACCCAUCUCAGAAUCACUUGUGAUCCUUGAGUACAUCGAUGAUACAUGGCCAAACAAUCCAAUCUUGCCUCAAGAUCCGUACGACAGAGCUAUGGCUCGAUUCUGGGCCAAAUUCGUUGAUCAACAGAUUUAUGUGGCGGCGAUGAAAAUGGUGGGGAAGAUCGGAGAAGAGAGAGACGCGGCUGUGGAAGCGACGAGAGAUUUGUUGAAAUUGUUGGAGAAAGAGCUUGUUGGUAAAGAUUUUCUCGGUGGGACAAGUUUAGGGUUUGUGGACAUCGUGGCGACUUUGGUUGCGUUUUGGCUGAUGAGAACGGAUGAGAUAAUCGGAGUCAAGAUUGUUCCGGUGGAGAUGUUCCCGGAGAUUCAUAGAUGGGUGAAGAAUCUGCUGCAAAACGAUGUCGUCAAGAAUUGUAUCCCUCCUGAAGAUGAACAUCUCAAGUACAUUAAAGCUCGCAUGGAUAGCCUCAAAAUCAAAUCGGUCUGA